AGAGGUUCCGCGGCCGGUGGCGGGGUCUCGGGCGCCGGCAGCGCAGCGAGGUUCCCGGGGCCGGGCCGGGUCCAUGGGCCGAGUCCUGCCGCGCUGCGGGGCGGCGCUGGGCCUGGCGCUGCUGCUGGGGGCUGUAGCCCUGCGGGGGGGCCACUCCCGCCUGCACUCUUGGCGCAUAUUCCACACGGUGGUGUCGCAGUCCAGCCCAGGACUGCCUUGGCACAGGUAUGUUGGCUACGUGGAUGAUCAGGUCAUCUUUGAAUACAGCAGCGAGAAGCAGAGGGUGGAGCCCCGCACAGCGUGGAUGACGCAGAACGAGGGUCUGGAGUUCUGGGACCAUCAGAUCUUUUGGGCACGGCGCUGGGAGGCCUGGUUCAGGGCGAGUCUGAACACCCUGCGUGAGCUUUACAACCGGACCGAGGACUUUCACAUUAUCCAGAUGAUACUUGGCUGUGAUCUCCAGGAAGACAACACCACUUGGGGGUUUUACCAGGAUUCAUAUAACGAACGAGACUUUCUUACCUUCGAUAAGGAGACCAUGUCUUGGGUAGCAGCAGAUAUUGGGGCUCAGAUCACCAAAAGGAGAUGGGAUGCUGAAGUAUUUGACAACCAGCGAUGGAAACAUUACCUGGAGGAGGAAUGUAUUCCCUGGCUAAGGAGUUCUCUAGAGUACGGGAAGGAGACUCUGCAGAGGAAAGUGCGCCCAACAGCUAGAGUGAGUGACAGGUCAUCUCAUGACGGCCUCACCACCCUCUCCUGUAAGGUCAGUGGGUUCUACCCCCGGGACAUCACCGUUACCUGGCUGAAAAAUGGGGAAAGCAGACAGCAGGAGACCUAUUCUGAAGGCAUCCUACCCAGUGGGGACGGGACCUACCAGACCUGGGUGACAAUGGAGAUUAAUCCCAAGAUCAAAGCCCAUUAUUCAUGUCACGUGGAGCAUGAAAGCCUGUUAGAGCCACUCUCUGUCUCCUGGGAACCAAAUAACAACCUGAUUCCCACUGUGGCUGGAGUUAUCACUGCAGUUGUCCUGAUUGGUGUUAUAAUUGGAGUAGUCGUCUGGAAAAAGAAACACUCAGGGAGGAAUGGAGACGGCUACGUUGUAGCUCAGGCUUAACAGAGCCUGUUGGAGUCUGUGCCACAACCUGAGGGGAUCCCAGAGAGGAAGAUUGAUGAGCUCUAGUCUGUCUCCCUUCAAGAACCAAUCAACCUCUCCCUAGCUUUUCUUUGGCACUUGGAGCGUCCCAUGUGGGAUUUCUAGGCUCAUCUAUCUGCUCACUGAACCAAUUUUUACUUUUCAGAUGUAAUAGUUUUCUGUAAAAAUGUUUUAUUUGCACAAAAUAAUUUCCAAAAUUUUAAUGGAUAAAAACUUUUUUAGUAAGAUUUUAGUAUUUGCUACAUUUAGUGCGUGCACUCAGUGCUCUGUGCCGUGCAGUACUGUUUGCACACCCUGUACCAUAUGCGAGAUAUGUGAGCAGUAACUGCUUGUGUGUAUAUGGUGGGGGAUGUGGGGUUUUUUCAGUAGAAUUUAAUGAUUAUAACAUGGUCAGUUUCCUGGUCUGCUCACAGCUGGUAGCACUGUUGCCAUCAUCAGUCGAGAGAGGCUGUUGGACAGGAAUAAGUGUCUGCGUUUAGUUUAUAAGUGCCUCUAAUGUCCUUUUCACCAUUCACAGAGCCAUAGACAUGCUGGGCUAGAAGGGACCUCAAGAUGUCAUCAAGUCCCGCCUCUGAUCUCGGGCAGCACCAAGUAAACCUAGACCAGUCCUGACAGGUGUUUGUCCAGCCUGUUCUUAAAAACCUCCAAUGACAGGGAUUCCACAUCGUCUCUAGGCAACCUGAAGUUGGGCAUUUUUCUAAUGUUGUGUUUGUAGACUGUGCCUCAGUUUCCCCCAUGUGCUGCAUGUCUAACCAAGGUGGGAGGGGACCAGUGUACCAAUGUUGCAGAGAACCAGGUGUGACCCAGUCUAGCAGCCUGGACCCCAGACCAUGGCCUGGACACUUCGUAACUUAGCGA